GUCCUCCGGAAACGGCUGGUGGGGCGCUCGGUCAAGGAAGGCGCAAUAUAAGGGAAGGUGCAAGAAGUCAGGCGACGCGCCCUUUUCCGGUUCCAAUCUGAAUCACUUCCUCUUCGUCUCAAGACGUCUAUGUAGGCGAAGAAGCCCAAGAUCGCAUUCGUGAGCAUUCCUUGAGUACGGGAGGAUCACUAUAUAGCGCAAGGAGUGACGUUGUAAAUUGACGCAUGAGGCUUUCACAUGCAGGGCCAAGUCGGGUGGCUCGCUUGCAUGUACUGGUGGGUAGCUGCAGAUGGUGGAGAAUACCUGUCUCCGCAUGACAGCAACGCUCGAACACCCGAUACGACGAUGCAGUCGCAAGUUCCACAGAGUAGCACGUGCGAUCUACGGCGAGACCUUUUCGAGGAGUCUCAGAUAUGUUUCGAUCUGAAGCUGCAAAGACCGCCGACAGUCCCAAACCAUGACCAUGUGCAACGAGGUUCAAUGGUGUGGUAUUGCUGCACAUGUGGAGACGGACCAAUGGAAACAUCAUACAUUUCAUCUUGCCACAGCUGCCAGCAUCUCAUGUAUUCGAAUUGCAGCGUGGAAUCGGUGGACGAAUGUGUAUCGAGCUCAGAGCUAGGGCGCACUUGUUUGACCAUAUCCGUCGGUCGAUGGUGAGAAGGAAUCUCUUUGACUUAGUAGUGCCAUCAUCGUUAUACUUGCAAACACGGCCAGUGCGGUUCGCAAGGACUUUAGUGCGUAAUUGACAAGGAGAACCGUAGAGUGUCU